CUCUUUUGAAUUGCUUUUCUUUAAUAAAAAAACAAAAUGCUUCGAAAUUUAUUAGGAAAGACGACAAUAGAUUCUCUAAGUGCAAAUGGAUUUAACAUCAGCUACAAUCCAGUUUGCGUACAAAGUGUUAGAUGGAGAAGGAAGCCGAGAUGGAUUCCUAAAGCUAAAACAAAGAUUUUUAGAAUUCCUAAUCAUAAACCUUUAUUGCCAGAAGAAACUCAUGAAUGGUUGAGGAUUAACAACAAUUACAAAUUACAGAUGAAUUCAGUUCGUGCAUUUUUCCGUGAAGAAGUAAUGAAUAAAAAAAAACUUAUUGCCCAAGGACAGACACCGGCAGAUGAAGAAGCCGAAUUUGAACGUUGUAAAUCUAUCAAUGACGAAUGGAAUCAAGAAAUAGCAAAUAUUCGUGAUGCAAGAUAUGCAAGAAUUAUGAAGAAAAGAUGUGAGAAGCUUGAGACAAGUCUUGACCAUCUGGAGAGGAUAAAAGAAUUGCAAAUGACGAAGAUUGAAGAACGUGUUCGAAUUCAAAAGGAGAAAUCUACAACUUUCAUUACUCGUAAAAAUAUUGAUCAAGCUAUUGAGCAUGCAUUGUCGAAUCAAGUCGACUUCAAUUUCUCGAUUGAUUUGCAGGGAAAUAUUUACAAAGGUGAUGAGAAACCUGGAAGUGUCGCUAAGAAAGAAGCUAAUUAAGCUUCUUCUUAAUUCAUCAAUUAGCAAUUGUUUAGUCAUAAAAUAAUUUCAUUAAAAACUUGAUUUAUUCACAACGAAGAAAAUCAAACGAGUUUUGAUCACAUUUCAUGGUAUGAGGUGUCAAAGUAACAAAUAAUAUUUUCAUGGUGUCAUCUUAUGAAAUAAAUGAAGCCAGUCGGGAGUUACAUUAAAUUUUGCAUUGAUUUGUCCUAAACUG